GAUGGAAUAUUUGGUGAUAAAGACAAAAAGAGCUUGUUGGUAUCCUCAUUUUAUUUGUAACAAAAAAUUGUUUGACCAUGCCAAUGUCGACUUCCUCGAUUGACGGUGCUCGCAAUAAUAAGGCGGAUCCACCACCCAUGAAUCCCCGCAAGCAAUCGGCUGCCGUUGGUCCUCCUGCCGUCAAUCCGAACAAGCAAGAUCCUACAGGACAAGUCAAGAAAUCGAAUGCCAGUGUGGUCGCUGGUGGUGGUGCUAGCACUGCGGCGGCAAGCAAUGCCAACAACAGUGAAGCUCCUACCGGUGGUUGGUGGGAAAAGCCAGGAGCUCACACUUCCACUGGUUCUACCGGUAGGAAAAAUUAUACCCAACCCAAGAAUAAUGCUACCCAAACCACGCCUAAAAAGACUGCUGCCAAAGCUACCCAAGCACCCAAGAAUACUACUACUAUUACUACCAAUACUAUUACGACUACUGCAAAGGCUCCUCCCGCUCGAACUUCUUCUACGUCUAUGAGUUUGGCCCGACGCUCCACGGACGGCCAAGCCCGUAUGGGGUUGCAAGGAGAUCCCGCGCAACACGAAGAUUUCCUGAAACAACGACGUCAAUUGGAAGAACAAGCCGCACUGGUCCAAGAAUCAUCAGCUACUGCAGAUCCCAAAUCGAUUGAAUCCUUGGAAGAAACCGCACGCGCCACGGCACAACAAGCCAAUUGCAAUCCACUCUGGGUGACCACGGUCAAUUUUGUAGCGGCCGCCAAAGUCUUUGUCUUUCAUCUCGUCACGGUCGAUACCAUUCUCUGUAAUAUUGCCACGGUACUCAUGACCUAUUAUUGGUGGGAAGCCAAGGCCGAAUAUCAACCCCAUUGGAAUGGAUCCAUGCAUUUCAUUCUGGUUUCCUUUGCUGUGGCAAUGCCCAUUACCGUCGCUCUUCGCAUGGCAUUUGAUCGACGCGAAAAGGCACUGCUGUGUAUUGCCAAUGUCCGUUCCUUUUGUCUCCACAUUUACAUGGCCCAUGCGCUCUGGGAUUGGAAGGGAUCCGAUGGAAGAGCCAAUGCUGCCAGUGAGUUUGAUUUUGUCCAACACGGCGAUCAAGUCCUCUGGCAUCUCAUUGGCAUGGGCGAUGAAAUGACACGAUUCUUGACACUCCCGACAUUUAGUAAACCUCGUCAUCGGGUCUUGUGGACGGGACGACGGGAAGCCACACAAUCCAUCCGCGUGGCGUAUCAACUACUCGAUAGUGUCCUCUUGCAACACAUGACGCGAUUGACCGUCUUGGCGGAAACACUCAAAUCGAUUGGAUUGAGUGGAUCGGAAAUAUCACGUGUGCGGCAGUACGAACGUCAUCUCAGCAAUCAACUCGAACAAUUGCGCAUGUACAAGGUCUAUCGAACACCACAGGCAUUGUGGGCAUUUGGACGCAUCUUUACACUGUUGCUGCCACCCUUUUAUGCUCCUGCAUUUGCCAAAAUGGGACAAGAAUUGGGACACUUGUGGUUGGGAAUGCUCUUUGGAUGUAUUACAGCAACGUGUCUCUCGACCUUGUUUGAAAGUGUGCAAGUGUUGGAAGAUCCGUUCACGGCCUUUGUGACGUUGGACGGCAUUGAUGUCUCGGAAGAAUUGGAAGUUUUGCAGUGGACGCAACUCGUGACGGCGCGAAAAUUGUUGUUUCCACAAGCCCCGGAAUACCCUCUCCGAACACGGGCCGCCAUGCGUCAUGGAGGCUACGAUCCGACGGUGCAUUACCACGCCACACCGGCAUUACGAGCCCAGUUGUUGCAGCAAGAACAACAACAGCAGAAGGGCGCAACCAAGAAAACCGAUACGACGGAUCCCUUUCGAGCAGAAGAGGAGGACGACGUAGAAACGGGCACGACCAAGUCCAGAGGAGACGCCAUGAAGAAAAUCAGGUCACGGAGGCAAAGUCACUUUGCCGCAUUGUAAUAAUGGUGUGUUGUGUUGGCGAUUGGUGUUGCCUGAUUAUGCAUCAGUUUUUCAGCCUUUUGCAAAACUUCCUUCCUUCAAGCAGGGCUCGACCAACAAGAGUCUCAGAUAGAUCCUUUGUGUUGCCAACAAGGGGUCUUUCCGGACUUGUAUAGCUAUAGUUUUUCAUUGGAAUAGUCCAUGCACUUCAUUUUA